AUGGACGAAAACGACUCUCACUAUGCCUUUGACAACCUCAUCACCACCGAAGAUUGUUGGACUGUUAUCACGUCAUUCUUUGAAACUAAGGGGUUGGUGUCGCAACAGCUUGACUCCUUCGAAGAGUUUAUCGAGACAUCUAUCCAGCAGUUGGUUUUGGAGGACAGAAAGUUGAUUCUUGAUCAACCUGCACAACAUAUCUCUGAAGAUGACGAUAUUAACAGAAGGUACGAAAUCACAUUUGGCGACAUCUUCCUAUCGAAACCUUCGCAGACAGAGGCCGAUGGUACAACGUCGACAUUGUUGCCACAGGAGGCAAGAUUGAGAAACUUGACUUAUUCUGCUCCUCUUUAUGUGGAAAUGAAGAAGAUGGUAAAGGAAUCCAUAGAUGACGAAAACUCUAACCAAUCAUCAAACCAAAUACAAUGGUAUAAGGAAGGUGACAUCUUCAAGUAUAGAACAAGACAACUGGAUGAAUUAGAACCAAUUCCACAAGAUUUCAAUGACGAUGAAGAUGAAAUCGUUGAAGAGAGACAUAAUACCAAAAUCCAUAGGUCGGGUGCUGAGACUCAAACGAUUUUCAUUGGUAAGGUUCCUAUUAUGCUCAAAUCCAAGUUCUGUACAUUAUAUGGAUUAUCGGAAGAAGAACUAUAUCAAAUCAGAGAAUGCCCAUUUGAUAUGGGUGGUUAUUUCAUUAUUAAUGGUUCAGAAAAAGUUUUGAUUGCCCAAGAAAGAUCAUCUGCAAAUAUUGUUCAGGUUUUCAAGAAAUCGGGUGUUUCCCCAAUCUCCCAUGUGGCGGAAAUCAGAUCGGCAUUAGAAAAAGGUUCAAGGUUGAUCUCGUCCAUCCAAGUCAAAUUGUCAACUGGUGGUGCUUCCUCAUUCAAAGCAGGUGGUGUUGGUCGUUCAAUCAAAACUACCUUACCUUAUAUUAAAACAGAUGUUCCAAUUGUUAUUGUCUUUAGAGCUUUGGGUGUUAUUGAAGAUGGUGAUAUCUUACAACAUAUUUGUUACGAUGACGACGAUUGGCAGAUGUUGGAAAUGUUAAAGCCUUGUAUUGAAGAAGGUUUCUUAAUCCAAUCUCAAGAAGUUGCACUUGAUUACAUUGGUAGAAGAGGUAAUGCUGUUGGUAUUAAAAGAGAACGUAGAAUUCAGUUUGCCAAGGAUAUCUUACAAAGGGAAUUUUUACCUCAUAUUUCACAAGAUGGUGGUCAUGAAACUAACAAGGCAUAUUUCUUUGGGUAUAUCAUCAACAGAUUAUUGUUGUGUGCAUUGGAGAGAAAGGAACAAGAUGAUAGAGAUCAUUUUGGUAAGAAGAGAUUAGAUUUGGCUGGUCCUCUAUUGGCCAAUUUAUUCAGAAUCUUAUUCAGAAAACUCUCUCGUGAUAUCUAUAGAUAUAUGCAGAGAUGUAUUGAACAUGGUGAAGACUUUAAUAUUGUUUCUGCAGUUAAAUCGACUACAAUUACAUCCGGCUUGAAAUAUUCUUUGGCAACCGGUAAUUGGGGAGAACAAAAGAAGGCCAUGUCCUCGAAGGCUGGUGUUUCCCAAGUCUUGAACAGAUAUACAUAUUCUUCAACUUUGUCACAUUUGAGAAGAACAAAUACACCAAUUGGUAGAGAUGGUAAAUUGGCCAAGCCAAGGCAGUUGCAUAACACUCAUUGGGGAUUGGUAUGUCCUGCGGAGACACCUGAAGGUCAAGCCUGUGGUUUGGUCAAGAACUUGUCAUUGAUGUCAUGUAUAUCUGUUGGUUCUGCAUCUGAACCGAUCACCUACUUGUUAGAAGAGUGGGGAUUGGAACCAAUAUCUGAUUAUGAUCCACAGGAGCAUAAAUUAUCAACCAGGGUUUUCUUAAACGGUAAUUGGGUUGGUACCCAUAGAGAUCCAGGUAUGUUAGUUGAUACAAUGAGGCAAUUAAGAAGAAGUGGUACUAUAUCAUCCGAAGUUUCUUUGAUUAGAGAUAUUAGAGAGCGAGAAUUUAAGAUUUUCACAGAUGCAGGUAGAGUCUAUAGACCAUUAUUUAUUGUUGAUGAUGAUCCAGAUUCUGAAAAUAAAGGUGGUUUGAAGUUAACCAAGGAACAUUGCCGGAAAAUUUUGGAUAGAGAGGUGGAGGAGAUUCCACAGGAUGAUGAGUUUGAUGAAAACGGCGAACCUUUAGAACCAUUACAAAGAAUCUACGGCUGGGAAUCUUUACUAAGUGAAGGCAUUGUUGAAUAUUUGGAUGCAGAAGAAGAAGAAACUGUAUUAAUUGCAAUGUCGAGUGAAGAUCUAAGUUUCAAUAACCAAAAUGGCGAAGAUGAUGAGCACAUGAACCAGGAUCAUGAUGAGAAUGGUAACUUGAUCCAAAGUGAUAAGAGAAUUAAGAGUCAUAUCAAUUCGCAUUCCUUCACACAUUGUGAAAUUCAUCCAUCUAUGAUUUUAGGUGUUGCGGCAUCGAUCAUUCCAUUUCCAGAUCAUAACCAAUCGCCAAGAAAUACAUACCAAUCGGCUAUGGGUAAACAAGCAAUGGGUGUUUUCUUAACCAAUUACAAUGUUAGAAUGGAUACAAUGGCAAAUAUUCUAUACUAUCCACAGAAGCCAUUAGCCAAGACGCAGUCUAUGGAGUUUUUGAAGUUUAGAGAAUUACCUGCAGGUCAAAAUGCGAUUGUUGCAAUUUGUUGUUAUUCUGGUUACAACCAAGAAGAUUCGAUGAUUAUGAACCAAUCGUCCAUUGAUAGGGGUUUAUUCAGGUCAUUAUUUUUCAGGUCCUAUAUGGAUCAGGAGAGAAGAAAUGGUAUAUCUGUUGUUGAAGAAUUUGAGAAGCCAAUGAGGUCAAAUACUUUAGGAUUCAAGGCUGGGACUUAUGAGAAAUUGGAUGAUGAUGGGUUAAUUUCACCUGGUGUUCGAGUAUCUGGUGAUGAUAUUAUCAUUGGUAAAACAGUCCCAAUACCACCGGAUACUGAGGAGUUGGGACAAAGAACCAAAUACCAUACCAAGAGAGACGCAAGUACGCCAUUGAGGGCGACAGAAAGUGGUAUUGUUGAUCAAGUCCUGUUAACAACCAACAGUGAAGGUCUAAGGUUUGUCAAGGUCAGAAUGAGAACCACGAAGGUGCCACAAAUUGGAGACAAGUUUGCCUCGAGACAUGGACAGAAGGGUACCAUUGGUAUCACGUAUAGAAAUGAGGAUAUGCCAUUUACAAGUGAAGGUAUAGUGCCUGAUUUGAUUAUCAACCCCCAUGCAAUUCCAAGUAGAAUGACUGUUGCGCAUUUGAUUGAAUGUCUAUUAUCGAAGGUUGCGUCUUUGAGAGGUUAUGAAGGUGAUGCGACGCCAUUUACCGAUUUAACUGUGGAUGCAGUUUCGAAAUUAUUGAGGGAAAAUGGGUACCAAUCUAGAGGUUUUGAAGUUAUGUAUAAUGGACAUACGGGUAAGAAACUGAUGGCACAGGUUUUCUUUGGCCCAACGUACUACCAGAGAUUGAGACAUAUGGUUGACGAUAAGAUCCAUGCACGUGCGAGAGGCCCAUAUCAGAACCUAACCAGGCAGCCAAUGGAGGGACGAGCAAGAGAUGGUGGGUUAAGAUUCGGAGAGAUGGAGAGAGACUGUAUGAUUGCGCACGGAGCUGCUGGGUUUUUGAAGGAGAGAUUGAUGGACAGUUCGGAUGCGUUCCGGGUGCAUGUCUGUGGAAUCUGUGGGUUGAUGAGUGUUGUUGCAAAUUUAAAGAAGGGACAAUUUGAAUGUAAGAGUUGUAAGAACAAGACCAACAUUUUCCAAAUCCACAUUCCGUAUGCUGCAAAGUUGCUAUUCCAGGAAUUGAUGGCGAUGAACAUCACGCCAAGAUUGUACACUCAAAAGAGUAGUUACACGGUCAGGUGA